GUCCCGUAAUGACACGAGUGGCCACGGAGCUACGUCCGUGUUCCCUCCGUCACAGUUGGCAGUGAGAGGCAUAUCGGAACAUACCACUGGUCACCUUGAAGACACAUAGCACGCCUCACAGACUGCUGAUCACAACAUGUUGGGGGGAAAUGCCGUUGUCAACAAUGUCAUCUCCGACUGUCAAAAGCCAGCACUUAUAAAUGAGAUCCGGGCCACGACUGUAAUCGUUGAAAGCGACACGACUUAUGUCAACAGGCUCACACACAAAGGUCGUGGCAAACAGGACAGCCCAUCUCAAUUUGAAAACAUCGUCCUUUCAACUCGGAAACGCAUCAAGCUCCUAGAGUCUAAACCGCAUGUUUCCACACGCGCUGAGCGAUCUUCCAACCACCUGCUCAAGCAGAGUGGCUUAAUUUUCAUAGAAGGAAAGUCUGGCUCUGGUAAAACAACAUUAGGACUACGGAUACUUUCGUAUAUUGCAAAGGCAUAUGAUAGGGUACCAGUGGUCUUAUCAGCAUGGCAGCAAUGGGAUUGUAUCCCAAAGAAAACCCCAAAGAAGGAAGAAGGAUUAGAAAACCAAAACACCAGUAACCGUAAACUUGUCAUGUUGAUUGACGACAUAUACGGGGCAAGCAACAAAGACCCUAAACAACUAGAGAAUUGUGAGCGAUAUUUUAAUAUGAUGUGGCCUCAAGCUAAAUCUAGACAUAUUCUGUUUGUCAUGACUUCAAGAUCAGAGAUAGCUGCGUUGUGCAAGAGAAGAUUGGCGGAGUAUGAUCUCAUGAAGAACGCAAGGUUUAUCAAUCUAGAAGACCGCAGGUAUUCCCUUACCACAAAUGAGAAAAAGAAAAUGCUUAUACGAAUAUGCAAGCUAAAUGUUGGAGACAACAAACUAAGUGAAAUAGUCAAGACGGAUGCUUCCCUCGGAUUUCCUCAGUGUUGUAAUUUCUAUGCCAACAGCAAAUCAGCAAGACAAAAAGGGGUCGACUUUUUUCACAAUCCUCAUGAGUUUAUUAUUGAGGAGAUAGACAGAAUCCAGGAAUGUGAUGGUACAGGUUACCUGGUUCUAUUAACGGUCUUGAUGAGCACAGGGUACUUGGAAGACAGACAAGCACAUGCAAAGGAUGAUUAUCUAAAACCUCUCAUCAAUUCUCUGAGAGAAUGUUGUCACAAUGUACCACGAGAUCUUACCCUGUAUGACUUUCAUGAAAAAGCUAAGUCUUUGUGUGGCGUUUAUUUAACCCACAACGGGAGUGGAUAUGGCUUUCAACAUCAAUCUGUCUUUGACUCUGUCUUUAUCAGUAUUUCUAGGAAGUACCUAGACAUCUGCAUCGAUGCAUGUCCUGCACACAUGUUAGUGGAGCUAGUUCGAACACAAUCAGAAGAGAAUUCAUCUUCUUCAGACGAAGAUACUCUACAUGUUAGUCUACCAAAGGAACACUUUGAUGUGCUUGUUGAUCACAUUACAGACCUGCUUAUGAUAAAAGAUUGUCCUGAUUCUUGUAUAUUGAGUCACCCAUCACUACAAGAUGAGGAAUUUGUACAGCAGUUAGUACAAUCAUGGCCCGAAGAAACGAUGAGGACACUGUUACUGCAAGAACAUGCACCAACAUCCGUCUUUGUUCCACAUCCACUGAAAGAAGAAGAAAAUGUGCAUCUAUUUACCUAUAACACAAUGUUGGCAGCAGUCCUUCUGAGAAAGCUUGAAUAUGUAUUGAAGUAUGCCCUUUCAAGAGUAAACAGUCCUUCAAAACAUGCAUCAAACCUUCUGGCAUGUGCUAUCUACAUGGAUGAUAAUAGUUGUGUCAAGACUUUACUUGAGUUGGGAGCAGUUCCAGAUGAAAAUUGCUUCAGGUCCCUUUGUCAUUCACAAUCCAUAGACGACAACUUAACACAUACAAUCUUUAAACGAGUUGAACAUAAUGUUGAAACCAUCAACGAUGUUGGUGGCUUAUUUGGCCUUGCCAUAAUGCGUGGAAAUACCACUUUAGUUAAACUUAUGAUGUCCAAGCUGAAUGGAAGUGGUGAAGACUUAAGCCUGUUCAGGAUGUAUCUAGAAAUGAUAUUGGAUAAACUAGGAAAGAACCAGUUACGUUUCAUACACCGAAAUAAGGGAUGGCAGCUUGACAGUGACUUAUCACGAUAUUGGGAUAUCACCCGUGUAUUGCAUACAACAGGGUGUCACAAUGACAUCAGCUUUCUAGUAUGGUUGUCAGCUGCCCAUGAAGAUGCUACCCUGCUCAGAUAUUUCCUUCCAAAACCAAAUGUUGAUCCGUUGAAAAGGUACUCUAUAUCUGGGGACAAAGACAUCUGGAAGGCGACUACACCUCUGCAACAAGCUGCAUCAUAUGGUGGAGCAGACUGUGUACAAGAACUAGUUAACUACUUCAAAAGCAGAGGUAUUACCCCGUCCAAGUUCCUGAAUGAAACAGCGCUAACUGAUUCGUAUUUUGAUGAAGACAGUGUCCUUGGUUUAAUAGUUUGGUAUGAGAGGUUUGACAUCAUGAAACUUGUCAUAGAGGCAGGAAUUGAUGACAGGAGAACAGACAGUGCUGGGCGGACGCUGCUGCACGAAGUUGUCGCUUGGAAGCAUCCUGAAGGUGUCAAGUAUUUUUUGAAACUGGGCAUACCCAUCUCUCAGAAGGAUAACAAUGGUUACACUGCCUUUGCUUCAUUGUACAGGGAUAAGGUCGAGAUUCCUUCUCUCAUUGGUGAACGGAACACACAUGUUGACAUAGUUAAGUUACUGGUUGAAGCGGGAAGUGAAAUUAAUGAAUUGGACAAAUUCGGAAGGUCAUGUCUUCAAAAGGCUGCUAUGCGUGGAGACAUUGAAACCAUUGGAUACUUGUGUGAAAGAGGCGUGGAUCUGAACCAGAAGGACAUGGAAGGAAAAUCAGUCUUACAUUAUGCAAUAGAUGAGUGCAAUAUGGAAAUGCUGCAGUAUCUUGUACAAAGGGAAGCCGAUGUACAUGCAGUUGAUGACUUGGGCAGGAAUGUCAUCCAUUAUGCCACAGGAUCACCUAUUCAAACUGUGGAAAAAAUCACGUAUUUUAAAGACGUCCAUAGGGUUCCUGUAUCUGCUCUAGACAGCCUCGGUAGAACAGCUUUGUUCUAUGCAACAGAGUCUGGUGAUGAGGAGAUAGUUGAAUGGUGUGUUGACAUGGGUCUUGAUCUAAACCAUGCUGACAAAGAGGGGGCAACCCCUUUACAUCUUUCAAUACAAUCGUCUAACGAUCGAGAUACUACACUCGUUGAUUUCCUCAUACAAAAUGGUGCAGAUGUGUGUGCAAAGGAUACGUAUAAGCGCACUCCGUUACACUAUGCAGCGAAAGAAUGCGAGUGCAAAGAACUCGUGAAGAUGCUUCUCGAGAAUGGUGCCGACCCAAGCGUGAAAGAUGAAGAUGGGCGUACUCCAUUACAUUAUGCAGCAAGAGUCCGCGGUGGAGGGAAGAGUGUGGAGAUACUCCUGCAGAGAGAUGUCGACCCAGGUGUGCAAGAUAAACACGGUAGUACCCCAUUACACAACGCAGUGGUAGCCUUUGGUGGGGAGAACAACGUUAAGCUACUCCUUGACAGAGGUGCGGAUCCUUGUGUUCACAACAGAGACGGCUGCACCCCACUGCACCUUGCAGCAAGACAUGUAAGGUCACAGCCGACUUUCACUCGACUUUUAGAGAAAGGUGCCGACUUAAAUGCAACUGAUGGGGAAGGAUGCACCCCUUUGCACUAUGCGGCUAGAAGAGGUUGUAAAGACAAUGUGAGGUUCCUCUUACACAGUGGAGCUGACGUAGCUGCAGUGGAUGAAGAAGGGCGUUGUGCCUUACAUUAUGCAGUAAUGGAACAAUGUGGUGAAGAAAAGGUGAUGGUUCUUUUGGAGGAAGGGGCUGAUCCUUGUGCAAGAGAUAAAUAUGGCCGUAGCCCGUUACACAGUGCUGCCAAACAAAGAUAUUGUGAACUGAGCAUUAAGAUACUCCUUGAGAAAGGCGCUGAUCCCUCUGUACCAGACAGUGAUGGUCUGACUCCAAAGGAUUAUGCCCGAGUAUCAGGACUCCAGUGUUUGUUGUAAGGCCAGGAACUGCAUCAAAACAGACUUUCCCAGGCUCUUCUGGAACAAAUUAUCAUUUUUGUAAAGCCUUAGGUUCCUCAUAUUUUAUCAAAUGGCUGAUCAAACUCCCUACAAACCAAUUCUUGUGACAUGUAUGUGAGUGAGUGAGUGAGUAUGGUUUUACGCCGCUUUUAGCAAUAUUCCAGCAAUAUCACGGCGGGGGACA